GGCUCUCUCUCUCUCUCUCUCGCUCUCUCUAUAGUGCAAUUUGGUAAGGCUACACUUCAAAACCAGAAAACAAGAAUUAAGAUUUAGGAGAGGAGCAGAAAAGCAGCCUAGAAAAGUGGGUUAUUUUUCGUGAAGGUCAAAACAUCGACCCAUUGAAUUUGAAAACCAACUGACGACAGAUCAAAGGAGAGAGAGUUAAGGAAAAGAGGGUAAGCAUAGCUCGUGGCCGCUCUACAAGGAAGAAAAUUAAGAAGAACACAGUGGCCGUUUCUCUCUGCUAUUUGUUUCUGAUAUCUUCGCUCUCUAUCAGCAACACAACAAUCUCAAGAUUUUCAGAGGAAAAUUUCUAAAUCUCACUUCCUUCUCCUUAUCUGCUCCCGAUCGCUCUGAUCAGAGGCUGACGCGAGAAAUCUAGAUGGGAUUUUCCAGCUAAUGCUGCCGGUAGAAGAUGAAACACAUGGGCUGUCAAAAUCCCAACAACCAGAUUCAAGAUGUGAGGUAAUGGUAUCAUCUGUAUCAUCUGGAUUAAUGAACAUCAUUACACUCUGUUGGAAGCCUUCCGGGGAUGGCUACGAUUCUAGUAAAAGCGAAGAUGGAGGUGGCCGGACAGACGGGUUAUUGUGGUACAAGGAUUCAGGGCACCAUGUUAAUGGUGAAUUCUCAAUGGCAGUAAUUCAAGCCAACAAUUUGUUGGAGGAUCAGAGUCAACUUGAAUCAGGGCCAUUGAGUUCACUCAGUACAGGUCCACAAGGAACGUUCGUUGGGAUUUAUGAUGGUCAUGGAGGUCCAGAGGCUUCUCGGUUCAUAAAUGAUCACCUCUUUCACAAUCUCAAGAAAUUCGCAUCAGAGCAUCAGGGGAUGUCAGCUGCUGUUAUCAGCAAAGCAUUUUCAGCAACAGAGGAGGAAUUCUUAUCGUUCGUAAAGAAGCAGUGGAUAAAUAGCCCACAAAUUGCAUCAGUGGGUUCGUGUUGUUUGGUUGGAAUAAUAUGUGAUGGAUUGUUAUAUAUUGCAAAUGCUGGAGAUUCUCGGGCAGUACUAGGAAGAUCAGAGAAAGCCACCAAAGAGGUCAGAGCUAUUCAGUUGUCAACAGAGCACAAUGCAAGUAUCGAAUCUGUGAGGGAGGAACUGCACUUGUCGCAUCCUGAUGAUUCACAAAUUGUGGUUUUAAAACACAAGGUUUGGCGUGUGAAGGGCAUUAUACAGGUUUCAAGAUCCAUUGGUGAUGCCUAUCUGAAAAGGGAAGAGUUCAACAGAGAACCUCUACUAGCAAGGUUUAGACUGACCAAACCUUUCCACAAACCAAUCCUUAGCGCCGAGCCAUCAAUAUUAGUUCGAAAAGUCCACCCUCAAGAUCAGUUUCUUAUAUUCGCCUCUGAUGGUCUAUGGGAGCACCUCAGCAAUCAGGAGGCUGUUGACAUUGUCCACAACCAUCCACGAAAUGGGAUUGCUCAGAGACUUGUUACAACUGCACUUCAAGAGGCAGCUAGAAAAAGAGAAAUGAGGUACUCAGACCUGAAAAAGAUUGAUCGAGGGGUGAGAAGACAUUUCCACGAUGAUAUCACAGUUAUAGUAUUAUUUUUAGACCUCGAUCUUGUUAGCCAGAGCUCAUUUGGUGUUCUUCCUAUCUCAAUCAGAGGAGCUGGGGCAGUGCCCACACAUGCUAACUCCUAGUCAAAGUAGUCCUACAUCUUCUUUUGAUCCCUUCUCCCUAUUUGUACAAGGAAGAAGGCAAAAAAUUAUUUAUGUAUACUGACCUCAAGCUCUCUCAAAGACACUGUAGAGGUUGUGUAGAGGUUGAUUUAAGCAGAGAAUGCUAUGGGGAAAAAAUCUGUGUAAAAA